AUGAUACGGGGAUUUUCACGUCUAGGGACUUUUGCAAAAUCACAUUCAUUAUAUGUAGUGCUCUUAUGUACCGUUUUCUUGGGAGCUGUACUUGCGGCUUCUCCGUCCGCACUCGAAAAAGAGGCUUUUAUCAAUUCGCUACUCCGUCCUAGAGCAGUAUACUUGCCAACGACACGAUCUACUGAUCUCGUCAAGAGAGAAGAAAAUUGCCAAGAGGAAUGUCCGCCAUGCUUUGAUUGCCAUUUAGAAGCCUUCCCUUGCAAGCAGUUCGGAAACUGCAGCGACUAUGAUGGGCGUUGUCAGUGUCCACCCGGUUUCGGUGGAUUGGACUGCUCUAAGCCUUUGUGUGGUUCAUUGGCCGAUGGAAAAAACCGGCUGCCACGAGAAGAUGACCAGUGCGUUUGUUCAGAUGGCUGGGGUGGAAUCAAUUGCAAUGUAUGCCUGUCAAAUGAGGCAUGCGAUCCACUUGUUAUCACUGGACAGAAUGGCACUUGUUAUAAAGGUGGAUUGACUGUCAAUGAGAACUUUCAAAUGUGUGACGUGACAAACAGGAAGAUUCUUGAUAUGUUGCCUAAUCAGCCCCCACAAGUUACGUUCUCCUGCAACAGAGCCAACAAUACGUGUGAUUUCCAAUUUUGGAUCAAUAAAACAGAAUCUUUCUAUUGCCAUCUUGAUGAAUGUGCGUUUGAGCAAGAAAUUGGCUAUAAUAAGAAUGUAACAGAUUAUUCAUGCAAAAAGAUAAAGUGUGAAUGCAUGAUUGGAGAGAUGCUUUGUGGGAAAGAAGGCAGUAUUGACCUUUCGGAUUGGCUUGUUGAGGAGAUCAAAGGCCCAGCUUCGUUCAAGUGUGUCAAUUCUGACGAUUGUCGUUUUGAUGAACCUCAAAUGAGUGAACUCAUAAAGUCAGUAUUCGCAGACAAAUACAUUACGCUUAAAUGCUCUGGUGGUGAAUGUCUUCACUACACACAAGUGCCUGGAUUUGUCCGACCAGAAAAACCAAGAAAUACGACAAUAAUUCUUGUUUCAGUGGUACUGGUUAUGGCAUUUGUCUUUGCAGUUUUUGGAGGCGUGUUCCGUUUAUCGCGCAAUUGGAGAGAAUCCGCUCAAAAUGGCUUUGUACAACUCCCCGAUGACGAAGCAGGCAAACUUAUGACUGAUCACACGCCAGCUUCUCUAUUAUUCCAGAACGUGCGAUAUUCCAUUGGAGAUAAACAAGUGCUACAAGGUAUACAUGGGAUGGUGCAACCUGGAGAAGUGAUGGCCAUUAUGGGCGCAUCCGGAGCAGGGAAGACAUCAUUUUUGGACAUUUUAGCGCGAAAGAAUAAGGCUGGUACAAUAUCUGGUGAAAUAUAUGUUAAUGGACAUGUAGUCGAAGAUAGCAAAUUCAAGAGUCUUGUCGGCUAUGUCGAUCAAGAAGAUCAUUUAUUACCUACAUUGACCGUAUACGAGACUAUUUUGUAUUCUGCUCUGUUGAGAUUGCCGCGGGAAAUGUCAUUACAAGCCAAGAAAUACAGAGUGUUGGAGACUAUGAAUGAGUUGGGGAUAUUGCCGAUAAAAGAUUCGAGAAUAGGGGAAGCGGGUGCUCGAUCGAUUUCCGGCGGAGAGAAACGUCGUGUUUCGAUUGCAUGUGAAUUAGUAACUUCACCAUCCAUCCUAUUCCUUGACGAACCAACAUCUGGUCUUGACGCUUAUAAUGCGUAUAACGUUAUCGAAUGCCUUGUGACGCUGGCAAGAAAUUACAACCGUACAGUUAUAUGCACAAUUCAUCAGCCCAGAAGCAACAUAUUCAUGUUGUUCGAUCAUUUGCUAUUGCUUGCUGGAGGUUACAUGGUUUACUCUGGUGAAGUGAAUGAAUGCGCGGAAUAUUUUGAGAGUAUUGGACAUAAAUGCCCGCCUGGCUUCAAUCUGGCAGAUUAUCUAGUGGACUUGACAAUGUACGCGGUCAAACCCAAUGAAGCCGCAGAGGAAGAGGGAGGUGCGGAAGGUCACUCAACCUCGAUUUCGGCAGAUACACGAAAUCAACCUGUUGAACUUUUGAACAGAAGCAAUGGCAGGACACCAUCUCAGUUGAGGAAUAGACCUGGAGCAGCUAGACGUCCUACUGGAUCCAGUACUGCCAUAGAUGUCGACUACGACGAGUUCGAGCGUACAGAUGACGAAAGGAUAAGUGAGCAUCUACAGACGCUUGUUAACAGUUAUGCAAGAAGUUUGGUUGCACUUAGGAUUAAAGAUGAAAUCAGCCAGGCAAUAAAUAGCAAUGGUGACGAAGAACGACCUUUAAUAGCUUCUGCACAAGAGAUACAGACGAUCACUUCCCAUCGUAGAGCCUCAUGGUUGACUCAGUUCAAAAUCCUUUCUGAUCGUACAUUUAAGAACCUGUACAGGAAUCCUAUGCUCAUGUUCACUCACUACUGCAUUAGUGUCUACUUGGCGUUGCUCUGUGGUGCGUUGUUUUACCAAGUUACAAACGACAUUGCGGGUUUCCAAAAUCGAAUGGGCGUGCUUUUCUUCAUGUGUGCUCUUUUCGGAUUUGGUUGCUUGAGUUCGCUACAUGUAUUUUCCGAAGAAAGGAUUUUGUUCGUAAAAGAACGGGCUAACGGAUAUUAUGCUCCAAUUACAUACUUUGCGUCCAAGGUGUUAUUUGAUAUCAUACCUCUACGUGUUGUGCCACCCAUACUUAUGGGAGUAAUAAUCUAUCAUAUGGUUGGCCUUGUUAGCGGGACAGGACCUUUUCUCAAAUUCAUCUUGGUGUUGGUAUUAUUCAACCUCACUUCAGCAAGCAUUUGUCUGUGCAUUGGCAUUCUCUUCAAGGAAAUCGGGGUUGCCAGUCUAUUAAGUAGUCUGGUUAUGUUAUUCAGCAUGUUGUUCGGUGGUUUGCUUCUUAACAAGGAAUCUAUUCCUGAAUAUUUGGCAUGGCUAAAGGACCUUUCAUUCUUCAAUUAUGCCUUUGAGGCUUUAAUCGUCAAUGAAGUUGCAUAUUUACAAUUAACUGAAGAGAAAUUUGGGCUAACGAUUGAUGUUCCUGGUGCCACUAUCUUGUCUACUUUUGGUUUUGAUGCUGCAGCCUACUGGGCGGAUGUUAUCAAAUUGUCAGUUAUGUUUACGUCAUUCAUCAUACUUUCUUUUGUUUGUUUGCAACUAUUUGUAAAGGAGAAGCGCUAA